GUUGUAUUCGUUAACCAUUAUUUGUUAAGAUAUAUUUCACCCUAGCGUAAAUGUUAUUAGUUCUUUAACACUUGGGUAGUUUCUAUUAGCUUAUGGCUUGUUAUUCCUUGCGCGAUAUUUUCUAUACGCGGUAUUGCAUUCGAUGACGACGACGUAGCAAGAGUGCAUCAUGAUGAGUGUUUAUUCUCGGUUUGUUACUAUAAUACCCUCGAAUAUGGUACGGUUUUGUUUUUAGUGCAGUGAUUGCCUGAUUUAAGUAUAAAAAUAUGGUGGAGAAUAAACACACUAUUUAUUUCAAUAUGUGUCAUCAUUACCGGAAAAUAUUCAACGCUAAGCCAACGAUUGAUACUUCGCCACCGAAAGCUCUUCAAAUUAAGACCAAUUCUCAGUGGAACAUUAGUAGGAAUCCGUCACCAUUUAGAACCAAAACACCAGCGCAAGAAAAAGUAAAAACAUUUCAAAAAGAACCAUACUUGACCCAAGACAAUGGAACCAUCACGUGUAAAUAUUAUUACCAGCAUCAUAACAAGAAAGAAGAAAGUAAAAAUGACGAAAAAGUGUUUAACGCACCGAAUAAACCGUUUAAUCCUAGAAUAUUGAAGACGAGCGCGCAGUCCAAGCUGCGAAAUUUACGCGUUUAUCAUCCGCCGAGAAGGAAAAAAGUGGAGAAGUCUACUGAAAGCUCGCCAUUACCUCAGCAGAAUGAAGAUGAUAAUGAUAAAAAGGACGAAAUAAUACGUCGACCUGUAUUUAAUGUGAAAUCAUCUUUGAAAAAUUCCAAAAGACAGCAGUCACUCGUUGUUUUAAACCGCAAUAGUUAUUCGGAAGAAUCCAGUGAAGAUUCGGCAUAUAACGAAGGAGAAGGUGUACUAAGUGGAGAUAGUCGCGGUUCAACUCCUCAAAAUUUAUCUAAUAAGCAUCAGUCUGCUAAAUUAAUCAUGGCUGAUAAUAAUCAAUCUAAAAUUAUCAAUACUUCAAUCAAUAAAGUGAACGACGAAGUAAUUUACAUCCAGUUCUUGAAAGAUAUCACCAAUGAUAUCCUGAAGAAGAACAUUUUCACUAAUAAAGCUCUAAAAAGUGUUUUCCAACAUCACGUGCAAAUCAAUAAAUACGAACUUGAAAUGGAAAAAAUGCAAAAAGAGAUAACCAAACUACAAGAACGUCUGGGCGUACCCAAAGACGAUAAAUUAGACGACGAAAAUUACGGUUUAGGUAAAGACUCGUCUAUCUCAGAACCUCCCAAACCAGCAUCAGAUUCUUCUCGAGAAACCUCUAUUUCUGUCGAUCAUACAAGCGAAGCAAUUCCACAACUCGAAGAGCCCAUCGAAGACGAGGAUGCAUCGAAAGAACACGAAUACAGCGAAGAUUUCAGCGACUUUGAUAAUCAUUCGGUAGCUUCGGAAAUAAGUAAUAAUCACGAAUCGAGCGAUGAACAUGUUUCGUACAACAGCGAAGAUAAUGAUAAAAUAUCCUCAGUCAGUGAUAAUGAAGAAGAAAUCGAAGAAAAUGACAGAAACGACGACGAAAGUAUCGCUGAAGAAGAGAAUAUUAUAAGUCGAGGAGAAGAAGAUUUUGAAAGCGAAUUGGAAUCGGAAAUAUCUGAAAAUUCUUGAAAAUUCGUGUAAUCAAAUUUUUUCGAUGGAGGGGUUGAUUUUUAUACAAAUGAAUAGUAAAGUGUCAGUUUUUUUUCUGAAAUAAUUAUUUAUAUUCUUUGAAGUCAAAUAUAUCGAAGAGUUUGAAUAAAAUUUGAUUAUUUUUAA